AUGCAGCUGGCAGUUAACGUGGCUUGUACGUUGCUAAUAUAUGGACUGAAUCAAGUGUGUGCUAGUUUCUUAACCGAGGUGCUGCGUCGGAAUGGAGACGACAAUGUGGUGGUGUCGCCGUUCCUAUUCCAAGAGGCCUUGAUGCAGUUGUAUGCCGGCGCCGAAGGCAGCACGGCCAAGGAGCUGAAGCACGUGCUGCAGCUGAAGGGCCAUGGCAAGGAGCGGCUGCUCGAGGAGUAUGUGAGGCAGCGUGGCAAAACAGUUGUAGGCACCCAUAAUAUUCGCAUAAAAAUGUCCAACAAGUUGUAUGCAGCAAAGGGUAUGAAUAUAUUUCAUUCGUAUCAGCAAGAAGUACAGAAAUUAUUCGGCAGCACUGUUGAGUUUAUUGACUUUGAGCAGCAGAAGGCGCUAAAGAAAAUCAAUGUGUGGGUGUCGCAGCAGACGAGUCUGAGAUUGCACAAAGCCAUAGACGAGAUCGAUCCAUUUAAUAAGCUCAUACUAGUAGCUGUGGGCUACUUUCAAGCCGAUUGGGCGCAAAGGUUUGACAAAACGGAAACAAGGCAGGCGGACUUUGUUCGACCCGAUGGCAACAUCAUGGUGCACAUGAUGCACAAUCAGCUGGAGCUGGAGCUGGUGCGGCAUCAUGAAUUGGAUGCAACAAUAUUUGCAUUGCCCUUUUCGGGUUUAAACUUUUCAAUGCUUGUGCUGCUGCCGCAUGAAGCCGAUGGCCUCGCCAAACUGACCAGGCAAUUGGCUCAGUCAGACACAGAUCCGCAGCACUUGCUCAACAAUAGCGAACGAACUGUGGUGCAGCUGUUUAUGCCAAGAUUCAAAUUUGAGUACAAAAUCGAUUUGAUGGGCGUGGGCAAGCGCUUGGGGCUCAAGCAUAUUUUCGAAUCUGCCAAUUUGCAAACGAUGACGGCCGCUUCAAAUUUGCAACUGAGCAGCAUAUGGCAAACCACUGGCAUAGUCAUAAAUGAAUUCGUGGGCUCACACUACAGUGCAAACGAAAUCAAACUCGUUGCCCGCACAGCGCUGCCCACAAUAAAUGUGAACCAUCCAUUUAUAUUUUAUAUUAAAGAUAACACGAAUGUUUACUUUGCUGGACGUGUAAGCAAUCCAUAA